CCCUGACCUCCCAUCAAAUUUACCCGCUCCGCCCCUGGGGUCCUUCACAUACAUCUCUCGAAGAGAAAAACAGGGUGGAGAGAGAGAGAGAGAGAGAGAGAGAGGAAAUCCUAGAAGGGCUCGCCGGAGGGACCCGCUAUGGAUUCGAUGUCGGCGGCGAUGGCGCGGCAGACGUGGGAGCUGGAGAACAACGUCGUGGCGAUGGAGGCGGGGACGGCGGAGGCGGACGCGAUCUACUACUACGACGAGGCGGCGCAGGGAAAGUUCCAGCAGGAGAGGCCGUGGGCGCACGACCCCAACUUCUUCCGGCGGGUGAGGAUCUCCGCCCUGGCCCUCCUCAAGAUGGUGGUCCACGCCCGCUCCGGCGGCACCAUCGAGGUCAUGGGCCUCAUGCAGGGCAAGACCGACGGCGACACCAUCGUCGUCAUGGACGCCUUCGCUCUCCCCGUCGAGGGCACCGAGACCCGCGUUAACGCCCAGGCCGACGCCUAUGAGUACAUGGUCGACUACUCCCAGACCAACAAGCAGGCUGGAAGAUUGGAGAAUGUCGUUGGGUGGUACCACUCACACCCUGGAUAUGGGUGUUGGCUGUCGGGUAUCGAUGUAUCUACUCAGAUGCUUAAUCAGCAGUUUCAAGAGCCAUUCUUGGCUGUUGUGAUUGAUCCUACCAGGACUGUUUCGGCUGGGAAGGUGGAGAUUGGUGCAUUCAGAACAUACCCACAGGGGUACAAACCACCUGAUGAACCUGUAUCAGAAUACCAGACCAUCCCACUUAACAAAAUUGAAGAUUUUGGGGUUCACUGCAAACAGUAUUAUGCGUUGGAUAUAACGUAUUUCAAGUCCUCUUUGGACUGCCACCUCUUGGAUCUUCUGUGGAAUAAAUACUGGGUGAACACGCUAUCUUCGUCCCCACUCUUAGGCAACCGUGACUAUGUUGCAGGGCAAAUUUCCGAUUUGGCGGAAAAACUGGAGCAUGCUGAAAAUCAAUUGGCUCAUACACGUUUGGGUUCUUUCCUUUUGCCCUCACAACGAAAGAAAGAGCAUGAAGAAUCUCAGCUAGCAAAGACAACUCGCGAUAGCUCGAGAAUUACUGUUGAGCAGGUGCAUGGUCUUAUGUCACAGGUUAUUAAGGACAUCCUUUUCAACUCUGUGCGUCACUCUAGCAGCACACGUGCAAGCCUUUCAGACUCUUUUGGCCCGGAACCAAUGGUCGAAGCAUGAAGAUGCCUCCAACAGCAAAGGAGUUUUUCAGUUUUUGACGCAUUGAUGCCUUACCCUUCUGAAAAAUGCGGCAUUUUGGCCAAACCCUUGAUUUGUUAAAGACUUCCCCCUGGGUAUGCCUGAUACGUGGUUCUAUUUGGUUUGAUCUCGUCUGCAAUACCACACAAUUUCCCAAUGUGAAGAAGCCCUUGGAUCUGGAAUUAUCGGCCAAUUUUAAAAUUGGAUUGCUGAGUGUUAUGAUAAAUAAUUUAUGGAGAUGCAAACACCAGGCGAGGACUGCCCGUAGGCCAUAAGAAAUGCCUGUCGCCUUGUUCAUUUGAUCUUAUAUCUCGGUCUAAUUCUCGAGGAAAGCUUUUAUUUGACUGUCGUGGUUAACCACACAACAGGAUGUUGAGAUGAAUAGGGGAGAAAUAUCAAGUCACAGGCUACGCUGGUUGGGUGUGAAAUCCCUUACGGCUGCUUUAUACAGACAUGAUUCCUUCUGGUGAUGGAUUGAAGCUGUGAAGUGUAAAGAGAUGAACCGUCUGUAAGAUUAUAUUUUGCUUUCUAGACCUGAUCCAUGCUUUCUUCUGGUCGGGAGAAUGGCAGAAUACUGAAUGAAUGGACCUGUAUGGUCAUCUUUGUCCGACA